AUGGUGAUUAAUACCAUUAGAUCAAAAGGGUUCCUACUAAUUUUAAUCAUCUUCUUCGUCACCUCUAAUGCUAAUCAAGAAUUGCAAAAUGCCGAUUCAAGCCAGCUUUUGUUGCGUAAGCUAGGGUUUAAAGCGUCUGAUCUUGAAUACUAUAAGAAAAGGUCGCUUGGCGUCAACCCUAACAGGGAUGUACCUGGAGGCCCUAGCCUCCCUCCCCCUUUGGCAGGUGAAACAACAAUGGUAUCGUUUGGUGUCAACCCCGAAAGGGAUGUACCUGGAGGCCCUAGCCUCCCUCCCCCUUUGGCAGGUAAAACCACAAUGGUGUCGCUUGGUGUAAACCCUGAAAGGGAUGUACCUGGAGGCCCUAGCCUCCCUCCCCCUUUGGCAGGUGAAACCACAAUGCUGUCGCUUGGUGUAAACCCUGAAAGGGAUGUACCUGGAGGCCCUAGCCGCCCUCCCCCAUUGGCAGGUGAAACAACAACGGUGUCGCUUGGUGUAAACCCUGAAAGAGAUGUACCUGGAGGCCCUAGCCGCCCUCCCCCUUUGGCAGGUGAAACAACAACGGUGUCGCUUGGUGUAAACCCUGAAAGGGAUGUACCUGGAGGCCCUAGCCGCCCUCCCCCUUUGGCAGGUGAAACAAUAACGGUGUCGCUUGGUGUAAACCCUGAAAGGGAUGUACCUGGAGGCCCUAGCCGCCCUCCCCCAUUGGCAGGUGAAACAACAACGGUGUCGCUUGGUGUAAACCCUGAAAGGGAUGUACCUGGAGGCCCUAGCCGCCCUCCCCCUUUGGCAGGUGAAACAACAACGGUGUUGCUUGGUGUAAACCCUGAAAGGGAUGUACCUGGAGGCCCUAGCCGCCCUCCCCCUUUGGCAGGUGAAACAACAAAGGCGUCGCUUGGUGUAAACCCUGAAAGGGAUGUACCUGGAGGCCCUAGCCGCCCUCCCCCUUUGGCAGGUGUAACAACAUCGAUUCAUUAG